AUGGGGAUUGUUGGACCCAGAUUCCACACCUGGAAUCUAGCCCUUAACUGCCAUCCGAGCUAUUCCGGUCGACGUAAAGACGAGCUCCAGCUCGAUCAAGGACCAGGUCGGCACUGCGAAGAAAGACGAAGUCAAAGAAGAUCUCCUUCAAAUCCGGUCUGGUCCGAGAUCACCGGGAUCGUUAGCUGCACGUGGCGAGAUACGCGGAGGUGGAUCGUAGCUGAUUCUGGAGCUAUAAAAGGAGCUUGA